GCGGCCUUGUUCGGGAAUUCCUGGCGGUCCGGUUCUGGAGGGCACAAUUCAGAGGAUGCCGGCGGCAGCGAGGGCUUGAGCUGCACAGCUGGGAGUCUGGCCACUUCGCGCCCGUCAGCUCUACCAUUUAGACGUUUGCUGACCUCCUCGCUCCCUUCCGUGAGCCAUGUUUCAGGGGUCUGUGACAUUCAGAGAUGUGACCAUUGACUUCUCCCAGGAGGAGUGGGAAUGGCUUCAGCCUGCUCAAAAGGAUUUGUACAGAUGUGUAAUGUUGGAGAACUAUGGCCACCUGGUCUCAUUGGCAGGUCUUUCCAUCGCUAAGCCAGAUGUGGUUUCCUUAUUGGAACAAGGGAAAGCACCUUGGCUGGGGAGAGGCGAUAGAAGAAGAGGCCUCCCUUCAGUUUCAGAAUCAAAUAGUGAAACCAAGGAACUGUCUUCAAAAAAUGAUUUUUAUGAAGAUGAGUCAUAUCAGUAUUUGAUAAUGGAAAAAAUUCUAAGCCAUUGCCCUGAGGAUUCAAGUUUUACAACCAGUUGGAAAUGUGUGACUGGUACUGAGGUGCUGCAAAGAAGUCAAGGAGGUACCAGGCAAGUGGCAGUCUCUCAUAAAAAAAGCAUCGCUCAACCUAUGAGCAUCAAUACUGUGAAGAGGCCAUAUGGAUGCCAGGAAUGUGGGAAAACUUUCAGUAGGCGCUUUUCCCUUGUGUUACAUCAGAGGACUCACACUGGAGAGAAGCCCUAUGUAUGCAAGGAAUGUGGCAAGACUUUUAGCCAGAUCUCAAAUCUUGUGAAACAUCAAAUGAUACAUACUGGAAAGAGACCCCAUGAGUGUAAAGAUUGUAACAAAACUUUCAGUUAUCUUUCAUUCCUGAUAGAACACCAAAGAACACACACUGGGGAGAAACCCUAUGAAUGUACUGAAUGCGGAAAGGCUUUUAGCCGUGCCUCAAACCUCACUCGGCAUCAGAGAAUUCACAUGGGAAAGAAACAAUACACAUGCAGAAAAUGCGGGAAAGCCUUUAGCAGUGGCUCAGAACUCAUUCGCCAUCAGAUUACACAUACAGGAGAGAAACCUUAUGAAUGCAUUGAAUGUGGAAAGGCAUUUCGCCGUUCCUCACACCUUACUCGACAUCAGAGUAUUCACACUACCAAAACACCCUAUGAAUGUAAUGAAUGUUCAAAAGCCUUUCGUUGCCAUUCAUUCCUUGUUAAACACCAGAGGAUUCAUGCUGGAGAAAAGCUCUAUGAAUGUGAUGAAUGUGGUAAAGUUUUCACUUGGCAUGCAUCCCUUACUCAACAUAUGAAAAUUCAUACCGGAGAAAACCCUUAUGCAUGUACUGCAUGUGACAAAACCUUCAGUCGGAGCUUCUCCCUCAUUCUACAUCAGAUAACGCAUACUGGAGAGAAACCCUAUGUAUGUAAGGCAUGUAACAAACCCUUCAGUUGGAGCUCAAACCUUGCAAAGCAUCAGAGAACACACAUUCUAGAGAACCCUUAUGAAUAUGAAAAUCCAUUUAAUUACCACACAUUCCUUACAGAACAACGAAUCCACAUUGUAGAGGAAGCCUAACAAGGUGGAUGAUCAAAGCAAAAAACCCAAAAGACCAACAAAUAAACACAAGCAGUUAAUGCCUUGCUUUGACUAGAAAACUCUUGGAAAGAAGCCUUCUAUUACAUGUGUUCAGUGAGAAGACAUGUGGUUCAUACCUUAUUCAAUAUACGGAAACCAUUAUGGAGAAAAUCCUGAGCACUAUGUAGGGAAGCGUUAAUAGACACACAUACACACACCUUGCGACUUCAGAUGAGAUGGAUAAACAUUAAGAAGCAUUUUCAUCUUACAGAACUCCUUUAGGUUGUGACUUCACACCAGGAAAAAUCGUACCUGCGUCCAAUAAACGUAACGGCAGAACUCAUGGGAAAAGAAUGAGCUUUAUGAAAGGUUUCCUUUCUCCUGGACAUCAGAAAAUUUAUACUGAAACAAAAUCACACUAACAGUCAUUGAGGAUGGCCAUCAUAUACUUGUUCACUCAAGAGGGGAAAAAAGUUCUUAUAGUAGAGAAAGCAGUUUUAUAGAUGAAGUGCAUAUGGAUGAGUUUCUGAAAUAUUUAAACUUUCAUGGAGAAUUAUAGUGAGGGAAAAACAAACUAUAAUAGGCUUAAUCUUUGAGUUCUGGGAAGUCAUACUGGAGGGAGGUUUUUUUUUUUUCUUCUUGGGGUGGGAAAGUGUUGUGUUUUACUUUUUUUCUUAAAGCAUAUUUAGAAGUGUUUGAAUAAAUCUCUUGGUUUAUAAUGAA